UGUCAGCUUAAUUUUCAUCCCUGCAUCUUGACAACUGCUGGCCUCAAAGACUUCGAAAUGAAUGAGUGGAUCUUCUUGCAGCAAAACAGGACUGCAGCAUUGUUCCAAUAUGCAUCUCAUUUCCACCGAUGCAUGACACUCCACCUGUUCUGGGCACAGUGGGACAAAGACCGGCGUGCUGCAUUGGCAGAUUUUCUCCUCAAGAAUUAUCAACAAGCUCUUUGCAUCUUGGAUGACACUGCACCAGCAGUGCAUCUCUACCAAUCCCAAACACAAACCUCUGAUGAUCAGUUCUGCCAAUACAUUGUUCAAGAACAAGAGUAUUUUGAGAACCUCCAGGAUGAGCCAGAGGAGGAAAGGCUUGAAUUUCAAUAUCUUGAAGUUCUGCAAGAGUUGGCAGUGCAUGAGUAA